AUGGCCGACGUCGAACCAGGCCAUGUGGUGGUGGUUGGCGCCGCCAGCCGAGGAAUCAUUUCUCGUGGGCACCAGUACGAUCCAAAUGUAUACCAGGCUGUGUACUCUCCAAAUCCCUUCGAUCGAGUAACUGAUGACGACAUAGAAAGAUACAAAGAGAAUGUAGAACGCAAAAUAAAGGGACUUCCUUCACUAGAAGAAGAAGAGGCUGCCAUAGCUGCCGAGCUAGCUAGACAGGAGGCUAUAGCGGCAAUGCAAGAGGCUUCAACUAUAUGUGUCGAAAAGACGGCCAGAACUGCUCAGCCACGA